CAGGGUUGUCUUAGAUUCGAGUAAAUACGGUCAAUGACCUGGAAGUAUCGGGCCCCUUGUAGGAGUCUCUAAUCAGAUUCACGUUGCUCUCUCGUAGACUAUGCCCUCUCUGCUUCAUUCAUGCUUGUUGUAAAAGGCUGCAUAAAGGAAUGUGACAAAUGUUAUUUAUGUUGCAGUAACACCCCAAAUGUGCUAGCAAACGUACAAGACGGCGUGGCUUCUGCUGCUAAGAAUUCACAGUGUAGAAAUGAAGCGACCGCUGAAGGUGUGUAAAGAAUUCUUAGACAAAUUUUACAACUCCUUAAAAGAAAAGCAUUCGGACUUCACUGUGGCUGCCAUAGAGGAGGCUCUGCUCAGCAGCUGCAAGACCGCAAAAGGAAAAGAACAGCGCCUGUGCUAUUACAUUGGAGCAAUAAGUGAUGCACCUACCAAGAUCAUCAGCGAAGUCAGCCGCCCAAUGAGUGCCCAUGUGCCUGUGCCCAAGAUCUGUGAUAAGCUGAAGAAGAUAGAUAUUCAGAUCUGUGAACUCAAAUACGAAAAGAAACUGGACCUGACAGCAGUGGAUCUCUCCAAAAUGCGAGUGGCAGAGCUCCGGAAGAUCCUGGAUAGCUGGGGAGAAAUGUGCAAGGCCUGCAUAGAGAAAACCGAGUUUGUGAACCUGAUUAAGGAGCUAGCCCCGAAAUAUGCGCCUCCAAACUCCCGAGCAGACCUUUAGCUUGUGCUCGUUCCAAACAAGCAGUGGCUAGAGUAUGUCAAAGAAUGACUGAGUGACACUGCAGUAGCUGGGCUAAAUUAAUUUAGAUGUUUGGCAAUUGCUCACAAGGGGCAAGAAUUUCCACAUAAUUAUUGCUAAUAAUUGCUUUUACAGCACCGUAGUGCUGGUACUUAUAAACACAAUGAGACAAGGUUGCUGCAGUAAGGAACUAUGAUUAAUGUGAUUAGUAUGAUUAGUAGUAGUAGCAUUUCUUAUUGUAAUGAGAAGCCUCAGUCCCAUAUAUGCAUAUAAUAAAAAGCUGGUUCUUUCCC